CCUCAAAUCCCUAGGCCUGAGUAAGGGCAUGCUGCCCAAUACGGGCAACAAUAAUAUCUGAGGUGCCGAGCUAUCCCCCCGCGUGUCGUGGAUAGCCUCCCAUGAAGGGGGAAAUUUUAGCAUAAGCAAUGCCAGAUAUUCAGUCGUUGCUCCUAGACUUCCAAUGCUAUUACUUUGACUUUCGACCUCGACCUCGACCUCGACCUCAAUCUAUGCAUUGGUUAAUCAACCUAUCAGCCCUAACCUCUCACAAUUGAACAGCAAACGCAGUGCGACCUCACUUGGUCACUUGUGCAAAUCUCCAAAAACAUGUUCUUCUUAAAACCAGACGGGACACGAGUGAAAGAGCGAAUUAUUGGCACAGGGAAUUUUGGAGUCGUCUUAGAAUGGGGCUCGUAUGCUUUAAAAAUUCCACGAGUCGAAGAUACCGCGGAUAUGGCUGCGCAGGAUCGCCAGGAAAUUGAAUACCGGAAUGACUGCAACCGGUUCGCUUUCGCCAUAGAGAAAAGAGUUUACAGUCGAGUAAGACAUUGCGGCGACGGAAUUGCCACAUGCAUCGAUAUAUCCGAUGACGGUAUCUUACUGGCUUACUACAAGCGGGGAACUGUUGAAGAAUACAUGGAGAAACAAGCGACAGAGCCAGAAAGACGACAGAAAGCAAAAUGGAUAUCCUCCGUUCUCAAAGCAGUGCACAGCCUUCAUGAUUCGAAAAUACUAAUCUAUGACCUUGCCGUUCGAAACCUGCUCAUUGCGGAUGAUAGCCAGUCGCUCAAAAUGAUGGACUUUGGCCAGUGUUCAGUCCUGGCGGAUGACGACGACAUUGCAACUGCUAAUGAUGGUGGCCUGACGGCGAAAGUUGACCUGUUUCACCUGGGCUGUGUCAUCUACUCCAUCGAGGCCUGGCGGGUAUACGAGUGCGAUCUUCUGGAAACAGGGUUUGAGCUGCCUCCGCUCAAUGCACUUCCAUCUGUGAGCGGUCUUGUUUUUGGUGGAAUUAUUGAAAAGUGUUGGACCGGGCAGUAUCAGUCUACGGAUCAACUUUGCCGGGAAGCAAGUAAAAUUUUAGAAUUACUUGAUUGAUUUCCAGAGGCCCACAGAUCGCUAGCAUGUUAGAAAGAAAUAGACGUGGAUGCUCAGAGGUGGAUAAUGGCAUGAGUUGAUGGCCAUGAGGUAUUUGACAACCGACUCAGUCAUGAUCCUUGGCCUUCUAAGGCUGUUGUAAGUAAUGGAAAAGGCAUCUGCCCGCUGGAUAUAACUACAGCUGAGAGAGAGAAAAGGACAGAGAGAAAGACAGACAGCGAGAGAUAAGGCAGAUAUUCGUAAAUUCUAUUUCGAUUUAAAUGCAUGAUAUAACGCUAUGCUAUGCUAUGCC